GGCUAAAACAAAGAAAACAGUGAAGCGGCGGACCGAUAGCGUAGCGAUGGCCGCUGCGGCUGCAGCAGCUGAGCGGGCGGCGGCCAGGCAGGCGGCCGAGGAGGCGGCUCGCCGCGCUCGGCACCUGAAGGAGCUCUCCUGCGCGUCAGGUGCCGAGCGGGAGCUGGAGGAGCUGGUGUUCGGUGACACUGUCCACGUGGAGGAGGAUGACUUGCUGCAGUGCCUGGCUGGCCCUGAGCAGCUUAAUGCUCCAGAGAGGGAAGCUCUCCAGAAGGACUCCAGUGAUUCAGAAGUAGAAAAUGAAGCAAAAGGUAAUUUACUGACAAAAAAGCCAGCCUGGGUGGAUGAAGAUGAUGAAGCAGAGGAAAAUGUUGAUAUGACGCAUAGGUACCGGAAAGACUUCAUGAAAAGUGAUGCUGAGAAGACACUUACUAAGAAAAAGCUAAAAAGAAGGCUUGAAGAACAGUUUCAGCGAGCUAUGGGAGGAGUUCCUGCCUGGGCUGACUUGGAAAACAGGAAGAAAUCCAAGACUGCAAGUGAUAGUGAGAGUGAUGAAGAUGAUGAUCUGCUAUGCAGGACUGGCAAUUUUGUGACAAGUUCUGAGUCCCUGCCAAGAGGUAUUUUGAAGAUGGGGAUCUGCUUGCCUGCUAAUCAGGAACGUUUUGCUAAUGGAAGACUGGCUACUGUGCAGUUUCAUCCAUCUGCUCAAGUAGUCAUGACUGCUGGACAUGAUCGAUCCGUGUCGCUCUUUCAGGUUGAUGGUAUAAAGAAUCCAAAAAUACAGAGCAUCUACUUAGAGAGUUUUCCAGUUUAUAAGGCUUGCUUCAGUGUUGAUGGAGAACAUGUUAUAGCCACUGGUACUCACCACAGAAUGUUCUUUGUGUAUGACAUGAUGAGUGGACGUAUCAUUCCUAUACAGAAAGUAAGAGGUGUGGAGGAAAGAUUCCUCAGAAGCUUCGAACUCUCUCCAGAUGGAUCAUUUAUGCUUGUAACUGGAACUUCAGGUUACCUUCACUUGUUGUCAAUGAAGACAAAGGAACUGAUAAGCACUAUGAAAGUAAAUGGAAGAUGCACCGCAUCAGCUUUCACUCCAGACAGCAGUAAAGUAUAUAGCUAUUCAAAGGAAGGCGAAGUUUUCAUCUGGGAUGUGAGAAGCAGAAAGUGUCUACACAAAUUUGAAGAUGAAGGCUCUUUAGAAGGGAAGUGCAUCGCUCUUUCAAAAAACAACCAGUAUGUGGCAUGUGGUUCAGCUUCUGGAGUUGUGAAUUUAUAUACCACCGAUGGCUGUCUCAAAGAGCACCGUCCUAAGCCAGUCAAAGCCAUAAUGAACCUCGUUACAUCUGCUACGUGUGUGACCUUCAAUCCCACCACAGAAAUCCUGGCAGUGGCUUCCCGUGAAACCGAUGAGGCUGUCAAACUGGUACACAUUCCUUCAUAUACUGUAUUCUCAAACUUCCCAGUGUUCAGAAGAAAACAGAUUUAUCUUGCUCAAUCUAUGGACUUUUCUCCCAGAAGUGGCUAUUUCUCUAUAGCAAAUAACAAAGGCAAAGCUCUGUUAUUUAGGCUGAAACAUUAUUCAGAUUUUUAGAAGAUAAGGAGAAGAUGAACCAAUAACUGAGGUAAAAGCAUUAAAACUGUGACAACACUGUCUUGAGAAACCUUCUUUUGAUUUUGCUACCUCUACUCCUUUAUAGCUGGCAGUAAGAAUUUCUUGAUACUCAGUAAUCCAAAACUGUACUGUCUGAAGCACUCAUGGAGUAGGCUCCACAUGGUGGGCAGGAGUCAGGGUUGUCUUCUCAAUCUCUGCUUUUCCAAUAAUACCUUUACAGGGAGUUGGUAGUUCAACUAAACUGCUGCUCAGUCCUGUUGACAGCAGUGUUAAAAAUCUUAGCAUAUUUAAAUCAUACUCAUAGGCACUGCUGUUAAAAAGAGCUGUAGGCUGGCAGAUACUUGGCUUGAUCCUGUUAUGAAGUCGUGAGACCACACUCGCUUUCCAGCUUGGGUUACAUAAAUUACUGAAGUUUGAAUCAUAGUUUGUGUGCAGAUGGGAUUUUAUUGUACACCUUAACCUCUUCUUGGGAAACUGGAAAGACCUGGAGCCUUGACAGUAAUAUAGUAGUUCUGUUAGACCC